UGACCAAAAUCAAAGGACAAAGAAAAGCAAAUAUCAGCAAGUUUUCACUCCUGCAAACACAAACGCAAACAGAAUCUUAGCUGGAUGCGCCUCUCUUCACUUUCGUUGCUUUCUCUCUUUUCUGCUUCUCUUUCUUUUUUCUAUCUUCAACCCUUUCCCAUUUUCCUCCCUUUUCUCUCACUUUCCCUGGAAAAAAAAAGAAAAGAAAACACACACACACACACACUGCACUGAAACACCUUAAACCCCACAAUGCCCGCCUCCUCCUCCUCCUCCUCCUCCUUCUUCUUCAUCACAUUCUUCGUCUUUUCCUGCGCUUCCCGCCAAUUAUCCUCCACCUCCAGCCGUAGGAUCCUCCACCAACCUUUCUUUCCUCAGGACGCCAUUCCUCCUUCUCAACCGCCUUCUCCUUCUCCACCUUCUCCGCCUACUUCCCCUAAAAUCCCCUUUUCCACUGCUACCCCAAAUCAGUCCCCUUUUUUUCCUUCCUACCCUUCUCCUCCACCUCCUUCUUCUCCGGCUACAUUUGCCUCUUUCCCUGCCAAUAUCUCCUCUCUCAUCCUCCCUCAGUCCCCUCAGCCCAAACCCAAUUCCCAUAAACUCCUCGCCGUUGCAAUUUCGGCUGUCGUCUCUGCUAUUGUUGUAUUGGGUAUUUUCGUCUUUUACUAUAGCCGGCGCUGGCGACACAGUGGCUUCUCCGAUGACAAGACUUAUAGAUCGGAUAACAGUAACAGAAUGCACCCAGCAUAUGCGGAUACCACAAACAGUAACCAUCACAAGCUAAGAACCACUUCAACCAGUUCUGAGUUUCUUUAUCUGGGUACUUUGGUUAAUUCACACACCACAGAUGAAGGUUCUAAUGCUCAUGAUAAUGUCAAUGUCGAGUCAGAUCCUCCGAAAUUGGAUUCUCCGGAGUUACUCCCGCUGCCACCGCUUAACAGGCAGAGUUCCAUGCAGAAUUUCGGGAAUGGAGAAGUGGGGUCUACUGCAGAUGAGGAGGACGAGUUUUACUCGCCAAGAGGGUCUCUGGGGGGUCAAGAGAGCUCGAGCGGCACAGGAUCGGGGUCUAGAAGAUUGUUUGCGUCCGUCGGUGAUCAGGAUUUUGAUGCAAGAAGCACUGCCUCAAGCUCGUGUUCGUCUUCUACUUCGGGCUCUCCUGCUCGGUCUCAGUCACUCAGUAUUUCUCCGCCAGGAAGUAGUCCACGACCAAAAUCUCCGGAAACUAGUGUUCUUGAGGCUUCUCCAGCACCUUCUCCGCCUCCUGGCCCCCCGCCGCCGCCGCCGCCACCACCACCACUAAUGCCACUCCAUAACGAGCGGAAAUCUCCAUCGCCGUUUCCGUCUGCGUCUGCCUCCCAUCCAGAUGAAUCGCCGAGAUUAUCGUUUAACUUGGAUCGAAACGCACAGUCUCCAUCAGUGUCCUCGGCUUUGUCAUCGCCCAACAGGAGUUUGGAGAAAAGCGCAGUUGCGUCACCGCGAAUUUUGAAUGAUUUGGAUAGAAAUGUGCGGUCUCCAUCCCUGUCCCCAGCAAGGAUAUUGAAUGUUUUGGAUCAAAAUAGGCAGUCACCUUCAUUAUCCUCUGUUUCUACAUCACCUGACAGAAAUUUGGAGAAAACUCCGAUUGCUUCUCCUAGAAUAUCGAAUGCGUUGGAUCGAGAAGUGAGGUCCCCAUUUCUGUCGUCUACUUCUACGUCGCCAGAGAGAAUUUUGGAGAAGACCCCGUCUUCAAGAAUAUCAAAUUAUUUGGAUCGAAAUGUGCACUCUCCUUUAUUGUCUUCAGCUUCUACUUCACCAGGAAGAGGUUUGGAUAAGAACCCACUUGCAUAUCCCAGAAUUUCAAAUGUUUCGGAUCAAAGUAAGAGGCCUUCUUCAGUGUCUUCAGCUUCUUCAUCGCCAGGUAAAGUUUUGGAAAAAAGCCCAGAUGCAUCACCAGUAAUGACUUCGAGUGUUUUUGGUCUAAAUGCCAGAAUUAGCAGUGUUUUAGGCCAGCCUAUUUCACUUCCACUACCGCAUCCUCCACCUCCACCUCCACCACCGCCACCACCACAACAAAGGCGCUCACCAUCCCCACCACCACCACCACCACCACAACAAAGAUACGGGGGUUCUCCAGUUGCAUCAACACCGACAGGCCAACCCCUUUCCAAGCUGCCAGUACUUAUACCACCUUCAAGGUCUUUUGUAUUACAAAGCACAUCUAUGGUAUCUCCAAUUGAAUUACCACCUAGUUCUAAAACAAUUGAGGAUGUUGAGGAGACUGCCAAGCCAAAGUUGAAGCCUUUGCAUUGGGAUAAAGUUAGGGCCAGCUCUGACCGUGAAAUGGUUUGGGAUCAGCUCAGGUCAAGCUCCUUUAAAUUUAACGAGGAGAUGAUGGAAACGUUGUUUGUUGUCAACACUCCAAAUCCAAAACCAAACCAACUAACUCCACGUUCUGUUAUUCCAUCACCUAACCAAGAGAAUAGGGUAUUGGAUCCAAAAAAGGCUCAGAACGUUGCAAUUUUGCUCAGGGCACUCAAUGUGACAAUUGAGGAAGUUUGUGAAGCCCUUUUAGAAGGCAAUACCGAUGCACUUGGAACCGAACUUCUAGAAAGUUUAUUAAAGAUGGCUCCUACCAAAGAAGAAGAGCGUAAAUUAAAGGAAUAUAAAGAUGAUUCACCAACCAAGCUUGGUCAUGCUGAGAAAUUCCUCAAGGCUGUGCUUGAUGUACCUUUUGCGUUUAAGAGAGUGGAUGCAAUGCUUUACAUAACCAAUUUUGAGUCUGAGGUUGAGUACCUCAAGAGGUCUUUGGAAACCCUAGAGGCAGCCUGUGAAGAACUGAGAAGUAGUAGGAUGUUCUUGAAACUUCUAGAAGCUGUGCUCAAGACAGGGAACCGCAUGAAUGUUGGGACUAACCGUGGUGAUGCCCAUGCCUUCAAGCUUGACACGCUUCUCAAGCUUGUUGAUGUCAAGGGUGCAGAUGGAAAGACCACACUAUUGCAUUUUGUUGUACAGGAAAUUAUAAGAGCUGAAGGUGCUCGAUUUUCGGGUGCCAACCAAACUCCAAACUCCACUUCAAUUGAAGAUGCUAAGUGUAGAAAACUUGGCCUGCAAGUUGUUUCUGGUCUAAGCUCAGAGCUCACAAAUGUGAAGAAAGCAGCUGCUAUGGAUUCUGAUGUACUUAGCAGUGAUGUCUCCAAACUUUUCAAAGGCAUUGAGAAUAUCAAUGAAGUUGUGCGAUUAAAUGAAACAAUGGGGGUGGCUGAAACCAGCCAGAAAUUUUCAGAUGCAAUGAAGAGAUUCAUGAAAUUGGCUGAGGAGGAGAUCAUAAGGAUUCAAGCCCAUGAAAGUGUAGCCUUGUCUCUAGUGAAAGAGAUCACAGAGUACUUCCAUGGGAAUUCAGCGAAGGAAGAAGCUCACCCUUUCAGACUUUUCAUGGUGGUGAGGGAUUUUCUUACUGUUCUUGAUCGGGUCUGCAAAGAAGUUGGUAUGAUAAACGAGCGUACAAUAGUUAGUUCUGCCCACAAGUUUCCAGUUCCAGUAAACCCAACUCUUCCGGUUCCAGUAAAUCCAACUCUGCCACAGGAAUUAUCUGGACCCAAUGCUAGGAAGCAGUACAGUUUCUCUGAUGAUGAUAGUGCAUCUCCUUAGCAUUUAUGGCUUGUAUGAGGUUGAAUUUUUGUUGCAUUUAGGCAGAAACUGCCUAAGGUUGGUGGUUUGGGUUGGCUGGGUUUUGCAGGGGCAUGGCUGCCAGAUUCCUGUAAUUUAUUAUUUUUUGUCCGAUAUUUGUAUAAAGUUUUGGGAUUGCUUUUGUCCUAUAGAUAGUAUACGAAGAUCUUCCUUGAGAAGAACAAGGCAGAGUACUAAAUCAGGUGGAUGAUUAUUAAUGGAUAUUUCAUAUAAGCCUGAGCCUCUCAAGGACUUUUAUAGGAACAAUGCUUAAUUAUAGAAGUAAAGCUCUGAUUAUAGCAGACAAGACUAUACGAUUUCUUGUUAUAUAAAAGAAUAUGUGAUUUAUUCCACAA